AUUAUUGAUUAUCUGCUUUUUUUUUAGUAGUCCACUAGCUUUUCUUUAAUUUUUUCUAUGUAUGCAUGGACGUUCUUCCUUAUGCUCCUCUCGAGUUCUAUUGAAGAACAACACUAAUAAAUUCAUCACUUGUGUCUUGAAUUUCAAUUGAUUAUUUGAUAUUCAUCAACAGAAUUAGAUUGUUUUGAAAAUCACUGAUUCUAUUGCACUCUAGAUUCGAACAAAAAAUAUGGAGAAAAAAAGUGAAGAUAAGGUCGAGGUAGAAAAAAUGGACGUUCUACAGCAUUUAUAUCCCACAAGAGAACCAUCCCUUGAUUAUGAUGCCCUGAAUGAACCUAACAGUGGAAGUUCUGAAGGUGAAUUGAAAAUUGAAGAUGUGGACAUCGUCGAACAGUUCGUCGAUAACAAUGAAAUAUUUGAAAGAGAAUCGUAUAUUGUUAGAGUUCAAAUAAAUCAAAUAGAAGAGGAAUCUAAUACAAAGAAAGGAAAUUCAGGUUACCCUAAUUCCAGCGAUAAUGUGAUCGAAAAUAUUUUUAAGAAUGAAUGUGAGAAUGCUAAGGAGCAUGGAUGUCACUCAGGUCACUAUACGGCAACUAAUGGAAAGAACCUCAAAAGCGAUUUAAGUGAAAAGAAGCAUAGAUGCCACCUAUGUAACUAUAACUCAGAUCGAGAACACCACCUCAAAUCUCAUAUAGAUUCAAUCCAUUUAAAGAAAAAGGAUUUUAAAUGUCACUUAUGUGAUUAUUCUUCAGCUCGAAAACACCAACUCAAAAGACAUAUAGGUUACGUGCAUUCUAAUGGAAAGGAGCAUAGAUGUCACUUAUGUGAUUAUGCUUCAUCUCAGAAAGGUGAUCUCAAGAAGCAUAUAAAUUAUGUACAUUUGAAUAAUAAGGCGCAUACUUGUCACUUAUGUCACUAUGCUUCAGCUUAUAAAAACCAUCUCAAAAACCAUAUAAAUUCUGUCCAUUUGAAUAAAAAGGAGCAUAUAUGUCACUUAUGUGAUUUUUCUUCAGCAUAUAAAAGCCUACUCAGAAUCCAUAUUAAUUCUUUACAUUUGAUUAAAAAGGAGCAUAUAUGUCACUUAUGUGACUAUUCUUCAGCAUAUAAAAGCCUCCUAAAAAACCAUAUAAAUUCAAUCCAUUUGGAUAAAAAGGAGCAUAGAUGUCACUUAUGUAACUAUGCUUCAGUUCUGAAAAAUAAUCUUAAGGUUCAUAUAAAUUCCACCCAUUUGAAAAAAAAGGAGCAAAAAUGUCACUUAUGUGACUAUGCCGCAUUUUUGAAAAAUGAUCUGAAAAGGCAUAUCGAUUCCACCCAUUUGAAUAAAAAGGAUUACAGAUGUCAGGCAUGUAACUAUGCUGCAUCUCGAAAAGAUCAACUUUACAGGCAUAUGGAUUCCGUCCAUUUGAAAAAAAUUGCAUUGGUGCAACUAUAGUUAAGCUCCUAAAAACAACAUGAAAGUACAUUUAGAUUGGGUUUAUACAAUACAAUACAAUCAGUAUAUAUAGUAUAAACCUAUUAAAGAUGAACAUUUUGUUUCCCACAAAAUUUCAAAGCUUGUACGUGGUUAUUGUGAAGUCAAAGGAAUAAAACGAACCACGUCUUGGAGAAGGCCUCGAACCGUAUAUACAGUGUGGAAAAUCGCUCGGACCCAUCAAUUUCUGAUUCGAGAGGGAAUAACUUUUCCGCUCUCUUCGCAUCCCCUUAACUGCAACCUCCUAAAAAGGGUGAGUACAAGCCCUUGAUUUUUUUGAAUAGGAAUGAGGGAUGUUGCAACACCUCAUUUCGAAGAUCUUAUCGAGUACUAUCUAAUCCUCAAAUUUCGCUUCAAAAUUUCUAUCGAUGGCGAAAUGACAGGUAAAAUAGUGAAAGAGAGUUCCUACUAACUAUCUACUAAAAAUAAAUACCUUUAAAGUAUGUGUGAUACGAAUAAUAUACUGGAGAUAAAUUCCAUAUUAUCUUUUUCAUUAUUUUCCCUGUUAUUUCAUUAUCGAUGGAUAUUUUAAAGCGAAAAUUUAGGGUCAGAUAGUAUUCGAUACGAUCUUCAAAAUUAGUUAUCGCACACCCCUCAUCCUUAUUCAAUAUUUCCAUAUUUUCAUUUUAAAUCCGGAAAAUUGAGGUGUUAAGUUUUCGAUGGACUACCCUGUAGAAUCCAUUUAUUUGCAUGAGAAGAAGUGGUCAAUGUUCUUUGAAAAUUAAUCCUGUAUUUUUCAAGAAAUUCAAUAAAGAUUAAAAGUUACCCUCUGCUUUCCCCAUGCAGUGGUUUAUUGGCAGAAUGUGCAAAAAAAAACAAAAAUGUGCAUAUUUACCUGUAAAUUAUUCUUUAUAGUUUUCUAUUUCAUUGAAAAUUUUAAAUUAACCUUUGAGAUGCAACGGAUUGAUCAAUUUUCAUAUUUCUUUGCAUUGAUUUUUAUAUCUUUCAAAUUUUGAUUUUAGAAAAUUGAAAAAUGAAAAAAUAUCAAACAGAGACUAGUUAAAAUAAUAUUUUAUCAUUAUUUAUAUGAGUUCAUCGUGGUCUAGCAGUCCGAAUCAAUUAUCAAAAUCGAUAGCCACAAGAAAAAUAAAAAGAUGUUUUUCUUCAUUAUUUUUCAAUUUUAUUUUCAUUGAUUUCUCUAGUCCCCUGGGAAUGGUGUUACCGAAUUGAAUUUUGUUUUCUGAUAUGAGAGCAUUUGAUAUUUUUUCCUGACAUUUUGAUAUUUUUUUUUUGUAUACACAUAUUAGUGAAAUGAAAUGAAAAGU